AGUAGUGCAAGUACGACCGCACGUCCCACGAUAUGCGACCCACGUGCCCAAUGCUACGACAGAACUUACCGUACAGUGCGUGAUCACCGCGACGGUUCCGGCCAACAUGGCCUCUUUCGGCGCCUACGGCAACGGCGACGACACAGAUCUUUAUUACCAAGUGGUCGUGCUGUCCAAACCGGACGGUACCGGCAUAAGGAGCCACGCCAACGGAGCCGGUGCCGGCGUGGAAACGGUCAACGGUCGGUGUAACAGCGGCGAUCAGACGCAGCACCAGCAAGGCGACGGCAACGAAACCCAUCAGAGGCGCGGGCGUCGGUCGUUCUGGUGCCGGACCACCACGUUGGCGACCAUUAGCGCCCUGCUGGCCAUAAUGUUUUGUGUCACGUGCGCCGUGUUCCUCUACUAUAACUAUUUCCUAAACUGGUCCCCGAAAACCGUAGCACUGCAAGUUGGAAGAAACGAUCUUUGUAGAACGAUAGCAUGUUCUCACGGACAACGUUGUGUACUAGACAAAAUAGGAGAAGCACGUUGUGAGUGUUACGCUGAAAGUGAAUGCUUAAAUAGUAAUACAAUCGAUCAAGUAUGUGGAAGUAACUUGCGAAAUUAUCCAAGCGUGUGCCAUAUGAAGAGAGAAGCUUGUUUACUCAACCGAAAUAUAAUCGUUAAAUAUAAAGGACCCUGUGAUCCCUGCGACCAUAUCACUUGUGAAAAUCCCGAAGUAUGUCGUCUGGACUUUAACAGACAAGCCACAUGCGCUUGCUCAGAAUUCUGCAACGAAGAUUUCAACCCAGUUUGUGGAUCCGACGGUAAAACUUACUCCAAUGAAUGUUUUUUGCGGCGGCAGGCUUGUAGAACGAUGCCAGACCUACGAAUCAUCUUUCGCGGAAAAUGCGAUCAAGGAGUAAAUCCUUGCACGAACAUCACAUGUUGGGAAGGAUCCCACUGUACUAUCAACCGGCUCGGUAUUGCUGAGUGCCGGUGUCCAGAUCCGACUCUAUGCGAAAAUUCUGUAAGACCCAUCUGCGGUACAGACGGUCAUACGUAUGAAUCGAAAUGUCACUUAGAUCGCAUCAGUUGCAAUUCUAAAUCUGGCGUCCAAAUGGCCUACGAAGGACCCUGUGGCGAAACGAGUCCUUGUAAGGACUAUUCAUGCAAUUUUGGCGCUCAUUGUAAAUUGAGCGAUGAAAAAGCGGUCUGUGCGUGUCCUUCGUGCCCGGAACAUCACGAGCCGGUGUGUGGGACUGACGGCAACACAUAUAGCAAUGAGUGCAAGUUAAAAUAUCAUAGUUGUCAGCACAAACAAAUAAUAGAUGUUUCUCAUAAGGGCGCUUGUAGCGAUUGUUCGGGAAUGGAUUGCCAAUAUUAUUCUAUUUGCGAAAGUGACGGUACCGAAGCGAAAUGUGUUUGCCCGACAUUCAAAUGUUCAAACACAAGCGAUAAAGUUUGCGGUUCCGACGGUAUCACGUACACCGACCUUUGUCAUCUACAAAAUGCCAGUUGUGCAACAAGGAAGAAGAUAUCCGUUGCUUACACGGGCGAAUGCGGGUCAUGUCAAGAUCAGAAAUGCAAUUGUUCUAAAACAUGUGUGGACUCGAAAUCAGCAGAACCGGUAUGUGGAUCAAAUUUGGUCACAUAUAAUAGUGAAUGUGAACUUCUCCAACAAGCUUGCGUACAAAACAGUACUUAUAAUUUGACAAUUCUAUUCUACGGCGAUUGCAAGGAAUCUUCGUCAAUAGGUAAAAUAUUUGGCCCGCGGGGGACAUUUGAAAACAGUAUUUACAGUAACAACGACGUUUGUCGAGACAUAAAAUGUGAUUUCGACGCUACUUGCGAAGUCGGACCCGAUGGUUUCCCCAGAUGUUCUUGCAUAUUUAAUUGCUCAAUUAACAACUCCCCAGUUUGCGGUUCGGACUUUCGAGUUUAUAAUUCAGUAUGUCUGAUGAAAAUGGAAGGGUGUCAAAGGCAGCAAGAACUCCGUCUCAGACCCAUGGAACUGUGUCAAGGCAUGGAAGUUAAACCGUGUAACGGCAAAAAACCUCUGAUUAAUCCACUCGAUAGAAAGGAAUUAGAUUGUGGCAAUGGACCUAAUAGACAGGAUUGCCCACCGAGUAGCUAUUGUCAUCAAACGUCUAGAUUCGCCAAGUGUUGUGACAAAUUCGAUAGAGAUGCCACAGUUUUGCCAUUGGAUUGUCUAAAUUCAUCCCACGGAUGCUGUCCCGAUAAAAAGACACCUGCAAAAGGACCUAAUCACCUGGGUUGUCCGUCGUUGUGCAAUUGUAACAAAUUAGGGUCGGUAUCUGAAAAGUGUGAUAAUGGGAAAUGCGUUUGCAAGUCUGGAGUUGGCGGAGAAAAAUGUGAUAGAUGUGAACCCGGAUAUUGGGGACUUCCGAAAAUAUCUUCUAGUCAUCUCGGAUGUAUGCCUUGUGGCUGCUCUUUACUGGGUUCAGUCCGAGACGAUUGUGAACAAAUGACCGGCAGGUGUGUAUGCAAGCCCGGGACUACGGGAGCAAAGUGCAAUGCGUGCGAAGACACCUCGAAAGUCCUGAGUCCUGCCGGAUGUGUUUCAGCUGAUAUGAUGGCCCAGCGAAAUCUGACUACGUGCGACCUAAUGAUGUGUUAUUACGGCGGAGUAUGCGAAAUGAACAACGGCAAACCCGUAUGCCUUUGUCGAGCUACUUGUGCCGAAGACGCGAUUCGUACUACGCUGGUAUGUGGCAGCGACGGACAAACGUACAGCUCGGAAUGUCAACUGAAGUUGUACGCGUGUCGAUAUCAAAAAGACAUUGUCGUUAAAUCACACACUUCGUGUAAAGAUGAAAGCGUUGCCGGUACGGAAGGACCGAGAUACACACAGUCUCAAGACACCGUCAUGUCCAAGUCUACUCGACAUUUAUUGUUUUCCGAAUUUCCGAAAGUGUCAUACAACACGUCGAGUGGUUAUCAAAUUGAUUCCAUACCCGAAGUGCAAGACCUAACCGGAAGGACGACUCCGGAAUCGACCGGUCAAGACAUCUCUCUGUGUAAUCCCAACCCGUGCCAAAACGGCGGCGAAUGUGAAGAAUUGGAUAACGAUGGAUUUCAGUGCCACUGUCCUUCGGCGUAUAGUGGUAAUGUGUGUUCUAACCCGGAAGAAAUUAAAGAAAUCAAAGCAGCCGCCUUUAACGGUCACUCGUACGUGCAGCUAAAAAAAUUAAAAGCCUACCACCGAUUCAAUUUAGAAAUGGAAUUUAAAAGUUUUUCCGGAGACGGCAUUCUCUUGUACGAUCAACAACAAUCGGACGGCUUUGGUGAUUUUAUAUCAAUAGCAAUAGUCAACAAAUUUGUCGAGUUCAAAUACAAUCUGGGCAACGGAGCCGUAGUUCUAACCUCGCUGCAUCCGAUUACAAUAGGUAGCAAGCACAAGAUCAUUGCAAAGCGUUACCAGAAGGACGGCCUAUUGCAGUUUGAAGACCACGAACCGGUGCGCUCGGUGUCUAUGGGUUCACUGAGAUCUUUAGAUCUCAACGAUAACGCCUACGUGGGAUACGUGCCGGUACCACAUAAGAAAGUGUUCGAGAACAUCGGUGUGAAAUCAGGAUUGAUCGGAUGCAUAUACAACAUGAAAGUUGGACGUUAUUUGGUCAACCUGUUGGGAUUUGAAGACAGCGACUUGGUGACGAAAUCAGUAGGCGUUACCGAAUGUGAGAAAAGUUGUACGAACGGUACUUGCGGUUGUACAGGCAAAAUGUGUUACGACAACAUGGCCUGUUCCUCGGAACCGUGUAGCUUCGGGUCCACGUGCGAGUCCCUGCCGGGUGGCAGAUACGCUUGUUUUUGCUUGCCCGGUCUCACCGGCACCAAUUGCGACAAAUUCGAGCACGAUUUGCUGGAAAAGCAUUACUCGCCCGAAUUCAACGGUAAAGAUUCGUUUAUCGGCUUACCGUUGUCUGAGGAUCUUCGGAGGAACACUCAUCUGGAAAUUUGGUUUGGAACUUCGACUAAAUCCGGUCUGCUGCUCUACAGCGGACAGUCUUCAAAAGGCCAGGGCGACUUUAUCGCUGUGUACUUGUCGGACGGACACGUGACGUUAUCGUACGACUUGGGCAGUGGGAGAGCAAGCAUCACGACCGGAGAGAAAACCGUCAUGUUGCCUCAAUGGAAUUUGUUGAAAAUAAAGAGGUUUGAUAAUCAAGCGUCUGUCCAGCUCAACGACGGCAACAUCACGACGGGGCACUCGAAUUCGCCUCUGGUGGAAUUGAACUUGGAACUUCCUUUGUACAUAGGAGGAGUACCGCCAACUAUACAAUUGAAUCAAGAACCCUCGGCCAUCCAACCGUUCUCCGGGGCGAUCCAGAGGAUAGUAUUAAACGAAAAGGCUUGUAACUUAUCUUCAGGCUAUAGUCAAGGGACGACACACUACCGCGGAGCUCCGUGCGGCUACGACCCAUGUCUCAACGGGGGCACAUGUUUUCCAGUACUUUCUAGAUUUUUGUGUCACUGCGGGCCUCGCCAUUUCGGACCGUUAUGUGAACACACGCACAAAACGUAAUAUAUGUAUUCGCGAAAAAGAUGGACCCGAUUCUCAAAAGACGUGGCUGAAGUUCGGCCGACAAAGGUCAUCUUGAACAAUAUAUAUUUUACGUUGCACAUAAAGAGGAAAGACUAUUCUUACGGCUCAUCGUCCAUUCGGACCUUCGUCGAUUCAAUUAUUUUUUAAAACGUUUUAUAUUUGUGUUACUUGUUAAUUAUUAUUAUUGUUUGUAUACUUAUACCUAAGGAGAGUUCCUAUACUAUUAUUUUCCCUUUCGUUAUUGGUUUCAGUAUUCAUACUUAGAUUGUGUAUAUUUUAUAUAGAUUGUAUUGUAUAGUGAAAAACAAUUUGAUGUAGAUCUAUAGAUACCAACACUUUUUAUGUACCAAAAAUAAAAUAUGAAUUUCAAAUAAAAUAUGUUAUACAAUUUGCAUUUGAUUGAUAUCAAGUAAAUUAAAUCAAGUGCGUAAUAAUUUCAACAUCAUGUGUUAAACGUAAUAAAUGUAGAUUUCAUUUACAACCUUAAAUGAGGUGUGUUCAAUUACAGGGGAUGCCAUGAACUGUUUAAAAGUACUUGUAUUUAUCAUAAAUGUAAGAUUUUCUUUUCCAAUUUCCUAAAAAGUAACCACUAAUUAGUUUUAUACUGACAGUUUAUUACCGUGAAUAGACUUAAAAAAAAAACUAAAAACCCCAUUAUUUAAAAAUUAACUCCUUAGCUUCGUAUUGAAACUAAAAUGUUUAAUAUUAUAAUA